AUGGUUUGGGAAAUGCUACUGUACUUCUACAUCCUCUAUUCUCCAGAUUGGCACUACAGGAGUACAAUGCCUACAUUCUUGUUCUUCUACGGGGCAGGGUUUGCAGUGAUCCAUGCGCUGAUGCGCUUUGGGAUCGCGUUCAAGGUGCACUAUGCAGUCUUGUGUCUCCUCUGCAUCCCUAGAAUGUACAAGUACUACAUCUACACGAAGGACGUGGAUGCAAAACGGCUUGCAAAGUGGUACGUGGCCACCAUAUUCCUGGCGACGCUUUGUUGGCUUUCCGAUAGGGUAUUCUGUGCCGAGGUUUCACAGUGGCGGUUCAAUCCCCAAGGGCAUGCAGUUUGGCACGCCCUGAUGGGCUUCAAUUCGUACUUUGCGAACACGUUCUUGAUGUUUUGUCGUGCAGAGCAGCUAGGGUGGAACCCUAAAGUUGUCUAUGCCCUGGGGUGUCUCCCUUAUGUGAAGGUUCAGAAGCCAAAAGCUCAGUGA